AUGGUUGGAAGCAAGCGCACUAGGAGUAAAACCGCCGCGGUGGCUCAAUCCGUGACGGCCCAAAGCCACUCCACCCACGAUCCCGCGAUCAACAUGGUGGCACCACCACCUCUCGCCACCGUGCCACCUACCGGACCCGCGACCGAAUCUAGCAACCUCCGUGGCACCGCCGCCAAACAUGGUGGAACCUCCCAUCAAGGUGGGCUCGUUACCACCACCGACUUAGGCCCGGUCUUCGAGCAACUUCAAGCAUUCCCUCCAUUGCCUCCACGCUCGACACACGCUCUCGCAUACACCUCCAGUGAAACCCUAGCCCGUGUGCAAUUGGGCUCCACACGCUUCUCUCCUCCCGAUCCACAAAGUCAAGCAGAUCUCAACCUGAGAGUUGACCAGCUAGCUCAGAGAAUGGACGACCAAAACGCUCUUAUGAGGCAGCUCCUUAAUAAAAUAAGCAUGGCUCAAAAUCUUGGCCUUGGACAACCAGGCGAAGUGAGAAGAAUAGACGAACGCACCGGUGGGCAGCUCAACGCGCACCAAGUGGGUCGAGCAGGAGCGAGCAGACAGCAGGAGCUAGGCUCCCAGGGAGAUCAAACUGACAAUCGCCGCAAUGAGGAUCGUGAAGAAAGGCGCUCCGCUGCCCACUCGCAGAGAAAUAUUCACGAAAGGCUAGGCCCCAAGGGAGGUCAACCCGCUAACCCUUGCAAUGAGGAUCGUGAAGAGAGGCACUCCAUUGCCCGCUCUCAGAGAACCAACUCUCGCCGUCAAGCUGCAGAAAAUCCCUCGCAAUCGCAGUCCACCAACACGCCUCCUAGGUAG